AUGGACGGCAAAAGGCAUGCUGCGUCCUUCCAACAGCUGGAGAAGCUCGGCGAGGGAACAUAUGCUACAGUUUUCAAAGGCCGUAACCGCCAGACAGGCGAGCUGGUGGCCUUGAAGGAGAUUCACCUGGAUUCAGAGGAGGGCACACCUAGCACUGCCAUCCGCGAGAUUUCGCUUAUGAAGGAGCUCAAGCACGAGAACAUUGUUGCCCUUCACGAUGUUAUUCACACAGAGAACAAACUGAUGCUCGUCUUCGAGUUCAUGGACGGCGAUCUCAAGAAGUACAUGGACACCCAGGGCGAGAGGGGUGCCCUGAAACCCCCGGUCAUCAAGUCCUUCAUGUACCAGCUGCUGAAGGGGAUUGACUUCUGCCACAAAAACCGGGUUCUCCACCGUGAUCUGAAGCCCCAGAAUCUCCUCAUCAACGGCAAGGGCCAGCUCAAGCUGGGCGAUUUUGGCCUCGCCAGGGCUUUCGGCAUCCCGGUCAACACCUUCUCGAACGAGGUCGUCACGCUCUGGUACCGGGCUCCUGACGUCCUGCUCGGCAGCCGGACCUACAACACCAGCAUCGACAUCUGGUCGGCCGGUUGUAUCAUGGCCGAGAUGUUUUCGGGCAGACCCUUGUUCCCGGGUACUACCAACGAGGACCAGAUUAUUCGCAUCUUCCGCAUCAUGGGCACACCGACGGAGCGUACUUGGCCAGGUCUCUCGCAGUUCCCCGAGUACAAGACGACCUGGCAGAUGUACGCCACUCAGCCACUCGGCAGCAUCCUGCCCCAGAUCGACCACCUCGGUAUCGAUCUACUCCAGCGCAUGCUGCAGGUCCGACCCGAGCUGCGCAUUUCGGCGGCCGAGGCACUUGUCCACCCAUGGUUCAACGACCUGAUCGGACCUAAGCAACACCAGCAACACCUGCAGGCACAGCAGAUGAUGCACCCACAUGGGGGUUACCAGCAGACCGUGCCGAGCCAGAGCAACUAUGGAGGCUACUAG